CUUUGUGCGGCGCCAGCGGCGCUGGUGUCGCCGACUGUGCGAUGCCUGUCGAAGAUGGCGGACGUGCGGUUUUAGGUGGUGGAUAUGUAUGAGACGUUAGCUUAGACGUUUCUAUGCCAUCCCGCUUAACAUCUAAACGUUGCCGGAUAUGAAAAGGCACACACCUUGGAUCGCAGUCCUCAUACUCUAUGUAACUGCCGAAGUUCGUUCGAGAAACUAUCAAGGACCAUCAUGGCGUUUGAGGAACGGUAUGCUGCUAGAGCGGAGCUUGCGUCUGCAGCCCAGCUGGACUCCCCAGAGAGGCUGGAAUGAUCCAGAAGAACGAAUGGCAGAAGAGGCACCUGAACUUGGGGAGCGCAGUAGCCUUGGUGGCCCAUCCAGUGCAGAGGUUGCUGAGAGUGAUGUCUCUGGAUUAGACAGCCUUGUUGAUGAAUCUGCAAUUGGAGUGGGUGCCUCGGGUGACAGUGGAAGAGUUGAUAAAGCCACCCAGACCAAUUCAUCAGAAGAGGAUGUAAAAUUUGCAGCACCGCAUGCAGGGGCAUUGAGAGCAGGACCUGAUGAUAGCCAGCACUACGUCGUGAGGAAAUCUGCCUCUGUUAUCUCUGAUAUUUCUUUUGUAGUGCUUGUAGCAGGUUGCAGUGCUGUAGCUGUAUUUGGAGUGGUUGCGGCUGGCUACUGCUUCUACAAGGUCCAGAAGAAUGCACGUGCAGCUGCUGAUGUGGACUAUCCGGCAUAUGGGGUGACAGGGCCGAACAAAGAAGGGGCUUCUCCAACGGCUGAUCGCAAGCUGGCCCAAAGUGCCCAGAUGUACCAUUUCCAGCACCAGAAACAGCAGAUGAUUGCCGUAGAGAAGAACCAUACUAAUCGACACACCUCAGCAUCGGAUGUGGAUACUGAGGAGGAAGAAAAUGAGGAAGGUGAUUACACGGUCUAUGAGUGUCCUGGCAUGGCCUCGGGUGGCGAGUUGGAAGUCAAAAACCCACUGUUUCAAGACGACCAUCCAAUUGUGCUGGCCACACCAGAAGAUUUGGGCAGGACAUGUGAUGAAGAGAGAAAGAAGCGUUCACCGUGAGAAAAAAUGAUGUGCAAGGCACCUCCUCCUCUGACACAUUGACCUCUGCGUUGCUGCUCCUAGGUCAUCAGUGAGCACGUUCGGGCUUGUUUACCUGAAACAUGUUUUCUUGAAGGUCUAAAAACAGGUUCUUAAUUAAUGUUUUGUUUUUCUCCCAAGAAACUUCUGUGCUUCUCUCUGUUGAAGGCGUCAUGAGCAAUGUUAUAUAUGAGUUUUUAAAAAACGGAUGUUGGUUUAGCCCAUGGUUUUAUGAACAGCUUAAACAGCCUUGCAUAUGUAUUUAGUAAACCUUGUCUAAUUCCGUGGACACUGUAGCAGUGUUGUACGUACUCCACGUGCAAGGUAGGCAUUUCUAACUUCUUCUUUGUACCAAUAUUCUUCGAUGCUUUUGUAAGUUGGGCUGUGCUUUUUUUUGCCCUCAACCUUGAGUUUUCUUUUGCUACUUUCACGAGUAAGCCAUAAUUUCCAACUUCAUAAGUAGCUGAGAAGAAUAUGUUACAGGUAAAUUAGAGUGACUAUAAACAUCUAAUUCAUUGCAGUCUGUUCACAUAAUUGAGAGAAUAAACCCACGUGUCAUUGAUGCUGUAAGUGUGCACAGUGGGAAAGCAAUGUGUACUUGUUUGAAAUUUGGGUUAUAAGUCUAUGAAUUCUUUUCAUCUGCAAUAUACUGCAGAACUGCAGCUGCUGCUUUUUGCACAUUGUUGCCGCACCAAAGCAUUUUUUUCUUGAUAUAUAUUGAUAUAUAUUAUUUGAAUUCUGCAUUUGAUAGUGUUCACAACCACUUCUGUUUUACAUUUGCACUUGGCUUUUACAAGCCAUACUAUUUUUUUUAAGUAAAAAUAUUGUAUGGUUUAAUCGUAGAAAAUCAGUGGUUGAUGCUGGGUGCAUUUAUAAGUGUUUUGCUUGCUGUCUAGCUACUGAUGUCAUGGGCACAUUUGUGGAGCCCUUUAGCUUUCUAUGCUUGAACUUCUACCUUAUCUAGUUGUUGUCCAUGCAUUUAUUUAUGCUUAUGAUAUAUUUUAAGAGCAUGAAAAAUUAGAAACUGCUGUUUUCUUUUGUUAUUAUUUAUGUAUGUACAUUUAUAGUGUUUUGCCAUGCUUACUGCGAUACAUUUUUAAAAUAAUUUUCUUGGCAGUUGAUGUCAGACAAUUUUUUUUUAUAUACUUGUUAAAAGAACCCUACUGGGUGUAUAGUCUGCAUUGUUGAACUUAGCUUAGCUUUCACAGGGAAGUGUUGUUUUUCCUAUGGGGUGUUGAAGAAGGAAACCAGAGUUUUAUCUCCCGCACUACCAUACAAACUUAUGUGAUGUGCUGUGUCCCCAUAUGUUUCACCUGUUUUUUUCACAAGUGCAUGUUUUUUUUUUUUUUUUUUUUGUCAGCGUUGAAGAUUCCCCCCCCCCCCCCCCCCCCCCCUGUGUGGCUGGUACCAGCUCCGAGUAGUGGCAAUGAGCUAGCUGUUCUAAAUGUGACUGGAAGCAAGCAUUUGUAUUGUGCUGUAAUAAUUUGGUGUAAUUGCAUGACCCAGUGAGGGUUGAAAGCUACACUUUUGACUUACACUGGAAGUAUUCUAGUCCCGAGUCGUGUCUUUUUUUUUUUCCUUUUCCCCCCUCUGAAAUUUCAUCUUCAUGUUCCUAAAAGGUGAAAGGGGGCACAGUAUUAUAGCCAUUGUGAAAACUCUGCAGGACUUUUGUUCAAAAGGAACAGCAUGCGAGUCUUUCAGUUACUGUGCUAGCACCAUGGGCAUUUUACAGCCAGUUUAUAGAUCAGCAGUGGCUAAUAAUAAAUGGUGUCUGCACCAUAGCUACAUUCCACAUUUCAUGAAAUGGGUGAUGUUUACUAUUCAGGGAAAACAGCUUUAAAGUUAUACCAUGCUUUUAGUUGCAGAUUAUGUGAUUUAAUGCUUCUAAAUCUCCAAUUGCUUGAUUGUGAUAAUGCAAAGAAAUUCAGGGCUGGUAACCGUGUAAGGGGAACCUGCAGUGUUGUGCCUUGGGGGCCACAAUGAGGCUCAUUGUUAAAGGUGUCAAUGCAGCAACAGAGCCACACCCAAAAGUGCUGUACUGUUGUCACACAUUUCGGCUCUCUUAAAUGCAACACAGGAGUAUGCGCAUAGUGCUGCAGUCACACAAAUUUGAACAUACCGCAAACUUUUUUACAUAUAACAGCACACUACACACAUUUGUCACCACGUGGCAUGAAACUUGGAAGUGACAAGCAGGCCUUGCAACCCAAACAAUCAGCUUUCGUGCAGCAAAUUUUAUUUCUUUUUUGGCAUUGAGAAACUUUACGUGAGUGCACACCAAUCAUGCUACUUGCUGCGAGCACUGUCAGCUGUAUCCAUCUAGUCACACUUUUGGAUUCUCAACACUUUUGUCAUGCAAAUUUAUUCCAGUAUUCGCCCAGUGCAAUGUUGAAGCACCAAAGUGAAUGAUAUUCUAUUUUGCAAGUGUUUAUUCUUGUGUCGGAGACUGGUUGCAGUGGAUCUGAAAGACUGAGGAACCUGCCAUUCUUGUACUACAGCCCAAAGCUUUGCAGUCCUUGGGAGUAGUGCAAGAAUUUACUGAUAGCACAGUAUAGUUCUUAUUUUCUUUUGUAGACAAUAUUCUUGUCAGCUCUUAAGAAACUCUAUCUACCUGCCUCCCCCCCCCUCCCUUAUUUGCUGCUGUUUUUUGUUUAUGCUGCUAGUUUUAACUUCUUUCUUGUUUUAAAUGUAUUUCUUGCCUCACCUGGCCAGCAUGGAUUUCAAAUUAUUAUUGAAGCAUGCAUAUUAUCCCGAUAAGCUGGAGCUCUCUCUGCUGUUUUUACUCUUUUAAUGUCUUGCAGGUACACUGCAAGCACUGUCUUUCCACUAGUCCUAUUGUUCAGGGUCAGUAGAUAUGAGUAGAGGUAUGUUAUAUAUACAUAAAAUGGGCUUGAAUAAAUGUUCAUAUAUUCGGUCUGCCAUCCCUGGCACUCUUCCAGUAUGGGUAUAAAUUGGAGAAGUGGACCUUGUCAUGUUAUCUUACUGCCUCACACUUUCGGAAGCCGGAAACAAGCCUGUCUUGCUCGAUUGGCUGUUUGUUUUAAAGUUGUAAUCUUUAUAAGAAACUUGUACUAUUCUUGUAGCAUUCUAGUGCACUUUUUUUUUUAAUUCAGAAGUAUUACUAUUCUGUUUAAACAGUGUCCUUAAUUGGAAUUGUUUAGGAGCAUUAUUUGUAAAGAAUGUUCAUUUGGCUGGUUAGUACAUCUUUAACAGCAGAAUUUAAACACCAUGACCCAGAUAAGAGCGACAGGACAGCACUCUGUCCUAUGGUUCUUGUAUUUGUCCUGUGUCAUGCUGCUUACAUACCUGUAAAGUUUUUGUACAUAUGUUUUUCUUCAGAUUAUGCAAACACUAUACUCCUGUGUUUAUAGAUAAUAAGGUUCAAAGGUUUAUCCUAAUUGCUAACCAAGUGUUAUCCUAACUAAGUGUGAAUGUAGGCUAUGUUCACACUUGGUGUUGGAGCAGGCGGAAGCUGAAAAAACUUGACAAAAUCCGCCCGCCUAGGCGGCAAAACGGGCGGAAAACCAGGCGCCAAGCCCAAUCGCACUCGGACCAAUUUUUUCGCCGUGGCAAAGAGGAAAGCGGUGCCGCUUCACCGGAAGCUGCUCUAGCAUGUAAACAUCUCGCUGUAAAAUUUAACAUUCUCCCUUGUUCAUUGUCCAUUUUUAGGAAGAACAACUAGCUAAAGGUAUCAAAACUAUGUCUUCUUCCUCAUCCAGGCCAGACGAACAUUAAAGACGGCAUGCGCAGUUGCACGAAAUGAUAGCUUUUGAUGACUGAUGGGUCAAUAAAGGAACUUGCCACUUAAAUUGGUGUGAUGAACAGCGUCAUCACGCAGACAAACGUACACAGACUAGAAGGAUGUGGGCGAAAGUGGCAGUGGUUCCCGUUGCAGUGGUGAAGCAAAUGUGAACAUCUUGGGCAUGCGUGGAAAAGAUUUUCCGCCCGCUUGCCGCUUUGCAAUUGUGAACGUAGCCUAAAAUGGCUGCAGUAUCGAAUGUAGAAGGGCAGCAGCGUGUCACUGAGAAAGCCAGUUUUUUGUGCUUCCGCCGGUAAAAAUUCAGCUUUCUCAUAUGAUAUAUAAUGCUGCUACAGCUAAAAUACUGGUCUAUGACGCAUGAAAAUUGGUGAGGUUAUGCGUCAGCUGCGGCAGAAUUCAAAAAUAACAUUUUCAAAAAAUUGAUGUUUUCUGCAAUUUACGGUAUCAAAGACCUGCGGCUCCCCUUUAAAGUAUGGUGCAGAAUUUUAUGAAAAUAAUAGUGACAUAAUGGCUGCAGCAGCCUUCAAUACAGUAACAUUUGUGUGAGUUCCAACAGGUUGCCAUACUAAAAAUGGGGUGGGGCUGUUUUGUGUGUACUAACCAUUCCAAAUAAACACCAUCAUUUCUUGCAGUGUUGGCACUGCACAGGUUAUGGGUGAGUUUGUAUGUUCACGUUGGUAUGUUGAGUGUGAAAACAACAGACAAGAGCAAAACAAAGAAAUGCGCACUUGUGUUCUUCUCUGUUCUACUUUCUUGCAUUGUUUUCAUGGUGAACCUACCGACAUUGCAUUUUUGAUAUUGCUGUUUAUAGCCUGAGCUGUAAAACUCAAUGCUCUUGUAUUGGGUUGGUAGCAUAACACCAUAAUGAAAAUGUUGGGCCUCUGGCUAUGCAGAUGGUGGCUUUUCGCUCACUGGAAUACAGGUUGUUUCUUUUUCCUUUCCUGUUGAAUUCAGAAUGCACUGCAACAUGGCAUUAUCCAUCCCAUAUGUUGAAAUACAUCAUCUCUCUCUCUAUCUUUUUUUAAUAGUUAACGAAGAAACAAAGGCUUGUGACAUACUGCUGUGACCAACCUACUUAUUAUCCUUGAUUGCAACUCGGUGCUGCACCCAGGCAUGCUUUGCACAUGACAGUGUCUUCUUUCUUGUAUAUUUGCGUGAGAGUACUUUCAUUAAAAUCUGGUCAGGGCAUCCGUA